AUGGAGAAAGGAAAGGGAGGUUCCAGAAGAGGCCGGAAGCUGGCGUCCAGCCGCCGGAGGCAGGCACGGGAGCCGGCUGAUGGCCACGAUGCCCCCAAGGCCCUGGGGCCCGAGUCCUGGCCCCCUGGCUUUGAUGCGGAGCUGCAGGCCUUCUUCCGGGACUGUGGCGCCUCGGAGAGGGGCUUUGUCACCCGAGAGGACCUGGCGGAGGCCAAGUUCAGCUUCCUGGGUAGCGAGGAGCCGCAGAUGAUUUUCGACUGGGUGGACACUGCCAGCAGAGGCCGCCUGUCGCUGGAAGAAUUCAGUUCUGGACUCAAAAAUGUGUUUGGCUCCGGCCCCGGCACCCAGAGGCUCCGCACAAAGGGGCCUCUGCCCUCUCAUCCGGGAUCUGUGACCUUCAGCUUCCCUGCCCUUGAGGAGGCCGGUGCCGAGGAGAAGGAGGCCUUCCUGGCCCUUGCGGGGCAGUUGGGGACCGGCCGAUCCCUUUCUGAGCAGACAGAGAUCUGGAGGCUGUGGCGGGAGUUGCGUCGGGAGGAGCCUCAGCUGGCCGGCAACUUGGAGGGCUUCCUGGCCAAGAUGAGCAGCCGCCUGCAGGAGGCCUGGGAGGACCGAGAGGCCCUGGAGUGGACGCUGAGGAAGCGACGCUCCGACCAUCUCCAAGAGGUGAGGCAGCUGUAUGAGGAGACAGAGGAGCAGAUCCGCAGAGAGAAGCAGCAGCUGCAGGCUGAGAGCGACUCCCGGGGCAUGGCCCUCAGUGCCUGCAUGCAGGAGGCUCUGGAGGCCAAGGAGCAAGAGGCGCAGCGGCUGGCACAGGGCCAGAGAGAGCUGGAGGCGCGGCUGCUCCACCUCAGCAGCACGCAGCAGGAGGCCAGCUGGGAGAACCUGCAGCUGCGGGAGGCUGAGCGCCACCUGGCCGGGCGGCUGCAGGAGGUGCAGGGGCAGCUACAGGCAACUCGGGGACGCCUGGGUUCUGCCAGGGGCCGGGUGCCCUGGCAGACAGAGGAAGAGCCAAGAGACCCCAGGGAAAAUAAGGCCCCGGACCCUCAAGCUGGGCCCGCUGAGGAGCCCCCCCUGCCGGAGCUGUUUGGGGACAGUGACGACUGGGCCCAGCUGCUGCAAAGCUUUGGGGAGCGUUCCCACAGGACCCUGCGUCUUUGCUGGAGCCCACCCCCGAGCCCCGGCGCCUCCUCCGCCCCACCCACGCCCCGAAUUGUAAGACAGAUCUCCAUCUCUGAGGCGCCCGCUCUCCAGCCUGCCCAGGGACCAGCCUCGGACCCAGAGCCAGGGACAAGAACCGCCCCUGGGGUUCCUCCCGGUGCCGGAGACAGAGCGGGGCUGGAGGAUCCCGAAGGGCAGGAUGGGCAGGAUGGGGGCUCGAAGCGGCCUGCGGAUGUCCCUGACCUGGAAGCUGGACUCGAGGCCCCCUUCCUCUGGGGUCUGCCGGAAGCCCCGGCUGGGGAGUCUGGGAACAUGGGAGUGCUGCUCCCUUCUGAGGUUGGGCCUUCUCCUCCUGUGCCCUCUCCUCCUCAGUCCCCGGCUGCAUCCAGAAGACAGACCCAGGCCCCAGAUCUAGGUGACAGGAGCCCUUGGCCUGGACCCGACCCCGCCAAGCUGCUCAUGGAAGAUGUCCUGGCAGAGACCCCGGAGCAGGGCUUAUGGUCCCGGGGAGCCUCGGCCCUCCCUGAGGGGACCACAGAGCCCUCUCAGAGCCUGGAGGCUGCAGGCCAGGUGCCCACAGAGAGGCCGGUGCAGGGCCCUGCGCCCCGGGCUAGGCAGGAGAGUCCCCCUGGGGGGCUCCUAGAAGCCCAUGGCCAGGCCCUUAGGCUGGAUGGCUCGUCCACCCACCCCCAGAGUCUGGGAGAGCCGUCCAGGCCUGGGGAAGGAAACUCAGGGGCCAGGGGCCAGCAGGACCCUGAAUGGGAGCGAGCCCACAAGGCUGGGGGCCUGGAAGCCAGGGACACAGACUCGCUGCAGCAAGAUGAUCUCCAGCCUGAGGUGUCACAGGCCCCCGCUGGGACCGAGGUCCCUGCUCCUGGCAAAAUGUCCCCUCCUCCGAGGGGCACUGCCCUCUUAGGGGCCGGGCCAGCCGUGGGAGCCUCAGAGAGCCCCGAAGCCGGCCUCGCCCCGGCUGAGACACAAGCCCAGCCCGUGUCCAUGUCCAUGCCUGCUGGAGCAGAGGGCAGGCCGGGCGACCCUCAGUCCCCGCAGCUGGGGCCAGCAGGCAGGCCCGAGGACCCGAGAACAGCAGCCUCCUCCCCCGGGGACCUCGCGGCCGGCCAGCCUCAGGCUGACCCCGACUAUCUCUUUCACGUCAUCUUCUUGGGGGACUCCAACGUAGGCAAGACGUCAUUCCUGCACCUGUUACACCACGACACCUUCGCCACCGGGCUCACGGCCACCGUAGGGGUGGACUUCCGGGUCAAAAGCCUGCUGGUGGACAACAGGACCUUCGCGCUGCAGCUGUGGGACACAGCCGGGCAGGAGCGGUACCACAGCCUCACGCGGCAGUUGCUGCGCAAGGCGGAGGGGGUGGUGCUCAUGUAUGACGUCACCUCCCGGGAGAGCUUCGAGCGCGUGCGGUACUGGCUCGGCUGUCUGCAGGACGCAGGCGUGGAAGGAGUGGCCAUGGUCCUGCUGGGAAACAAGAUGGACUGCGAGGAGGAGAGGCAGGUGCCUACGGAAGCCGGCAGGAGGCUGGCCCAGGAGCUGGGGGUCUCCUUUGGUGAGUGCAGCGCCGCCCUGGGUCACAACAUUCUGGAGCCCAUGAUGAACCUGGCUAGGUCGCUUAAGAUGCAGGAAGACCGCCUGAAGGCCUCACUGGUGGAAGUGCCCCGCCAGCCCCAACCCAAGAGAGCCGGCUGCUGCCGCUGAAGGCCCGUCUGGGCCCUGCUUGGCUCCCAUGGCUCACACACUGCCUCACGCUUAGUCAGCUCUUAUAUGAGGCCCAGGCACACCUGCCUGGGGAUGGCGCCGCCCGCAGUGGACCGAGCCCUCCCGACGACACAGUGCCCCACAGACACGCCCGCCCCAGGCCAGCCCGGCGGAGGCAAUUCUUCAUUUAAGCUCCCCCUUUUCUGCUGACUCCACACUGUGUUAAGUUGAUAAUAAAAACUAACCAGGAC